UAACUAUUUUAUACACCGGACGCGCAGUGCUAUCUCUAUCAACAUUCGAUAUACUCACACGUUCAGAUAUAAAAAGCUUUAAUACAUUUGCUGCUCUUAUUUAAGUUUUAGAAGCCGUGGAGUCGAUCCGGUUUGGGAUUUUAGUUAUUUGUUGUUGUACCAAAAUGGGUCAGAUCUCAAUCGCAACGUUCUUCACCAUCGCUGCAUCAGCUCUUCUGGCUGUGGGCGUGUCCGGCAUUAAGUCCCACGACUUAGUUGUCGGCAACCGAAUUCAUGGCGACUUUCUUCUCGAUCAGAAGCAGGUCGACAAGAGUGCCAUACCCCUUUGGAGGUCUGAGCAAACUGUAACAAUAAAGGGCGACGGCAUCGCCAAGAUCACAAGCAUCGAAAUCUACGAUUUGAAACCUGAGGGACACAGUGCUACGCCCUCGAUUCUCAAGGGCGGACCCGGUGAUUCUUUUGUCACCGUACAUUUCGAAAGUGAGAGGGGCCAUGGCAUUCACUUUCUCGUCAAAGUAUAUGCUAAGUGAUCAUAGAUCAAUAAUGUCACUAUGUACUUUUAAUUGUUUCUAAUUACAUCCGAUUCUCACUUUCUUCAAAUAAAUAAACAAAUACGCGAGAAACAUCAA